GACAUUGACCUUUCCCCUCUCCGGCGACGGGAGGUCAGAGGUCACAAACAAGAUGGCGCCGGCAGCGCCGGUGAAGGCAAUUCAGUGACUGAGGAGGCGUGGAAGGGUUUUUAGGGCAAGUUCAGCCGGUCGGGCGGACGGUGUCGCACCCGGAGCUUCCCGACCGGGAAACUUCCUUAUCUUAGACGGAGACGUCCCGCCGCUGCCUCCCGCAUUUGCUCUGCCCACGGAGCACCUUCUUCACGCCGGCUGAGUCCUCGCCUUGUUGCAGAGCCAGCGACACUGUUUCUGAACAAGACGGCUGCCCCUCUCUUCUCGACCUCGGCCUGUGGAGUCUACCUCAGAACCAGCUGCCUUCAGCCUCCGGAGGUGCCCCCCUGCUUUGAUAGCUUGAGCUUCAGCCAGCCCAGAGUUGUUAUAUGCUCAUUCGCAACAGCAUUGAACCUGCUGUCAGGAGGACCUUCGAAUCCUGCUCUGAAAGCAACCCUCAAGAAAAUACCGGAUAUCUGUAGUAGUAAACGAGCUCUAUUAUAGAUGCUUUUAGUUGUUCCUGGAAGCCUUGACAGCUGGCCUAUUUCGUACUUAUGCCAGAUACUUACCUUCAGAGCAGACUGAAAAGACUGGGGAUGUUACUGCUGAUGUUAUCUCAAAUAGAAAAGAACAUUGACUUACUGACCUACCAGAGGCUCCAAUAGUGAACUUAACUCUACCUUUAGGGUUAGGGCUUUGUGGCAUGUUUGAUAUAGAUGUUCCUUCUGAAAUGGAGCCAGCAAGAUUGUUUUUAGGUUAUUCUUAGUGUGUGUGUUUUUUUCUUUUCCAAUAUAAGACUAAUAAAAGCUUUUUUUAAAAGCCCGGGCCCUUGUUCUGGAAAAACAGCUUCAGCUGAGGGACCUGCCUUUAGAAAUUGCUGUUUCUUCCAAGACUCUUUGAGGAUACACCAAUCUAUUUUUCAAUACCCAGCAGAAUGUUCAUAUUAACAAAAAAAAUCUAACACUUCAUGUUUGAAAGCCAUAGAUUAUAUUUAAUAGGACUGCAAAAACAAAACAAAAACCCACCCUCAUCUUUUAACUUAGAUGGAAGAAGCUCUCUUUUGACAUAUGAGCUUCCUGCUUCAUAAACUGCAAAUGGGUUGUAAAACAGACACCAAACAAUGCAUAGAUGUCCCAUGUAGGAUAUCAAUAUUAUUAGCUUUUAAAUAAAGGAUGACUUUAAACAUCUCCUAAAAUCUUUAUUCUUGUGGAGACUUACAUGUUUUUAAUGGAUAGCGCUGUCAAGUUGGACAACUGUAUGGUUUUUUAAGAUCACCGAAAAAUCUUUAUUCAGAAGAUUCUUGCGAAGAAAGGAAGAAGUCAAAUACAUUUGGAAAGAACCCUAAUGAGUGUGGUGGUCAAUCUUUGCUGAGGUUCACUGCUGUAAUUCAUCAUGAACAGGAAGAAAGGAGACAAGGGGUUUGAGAGCCCAAGACCAUAUAAAUUAACCCACCAGGUGGUCUGUAUCAACAACAUAAAUUUUCAAAGAAAAUCUGUUGUUGGUUAUGUGGAGCUGACAAUAUUUCCCACAGUUGCAAACUUGAAUAGGAUCAAGCUGAACAGUAAACAAUGUAGGAUAUAUAGAGUGAGAGUGAAUGAUUUGGAAGCAGCUUUUAUUUAUAAUGACCCCACACUGGAAGUUUGCCACCACGAAUCAAAACAGAGAAAUCUCAACUACUUCUCCAAUGCUUAUGCUGCUGCAGUCAGUGCUGUGGAUUCAGAUGCUGGAAAUGGAGAGUUGUGUAUUAAGGUGCCAUCAGAACUUUGGAAAUAUGUUGAUGAAUUAAAAGUCUUAAAGGUACAUAUCAACUUUUCUCUGGACCAGCCAAAGGGAGGCCUUCAUUUUGUGGUACCUAACGUGGACGGCAGUUUAGCAGAGAGAGGAGCCCAUGUCUUCUCUUGUGGAUAUCAAAAUUCUACAAGAUUUUGGUUUCCUUGUGUGGACUCCUUUUCAGAACUGUGCACAUGGAAACUGGAGUACACAGUUGAUGCUACGAUGGUGGCGGUCUCGAAUGGAGACUUAGUAGAAACAGUGUACACUCAUGAUAUGCGCAAAAAGACCUUCCAUUAUAUGUUGGCCAUUCCGACUGCAGCAUCUAACAUAUCUUUGGCUAUUGGGCCAUUUGAAAUUCUUGUUGAUCCAUACAUGCAUGAGGUGACUCAUUUCUGUUUACCCCAGCUUCUCCCAUUGCUCAAACAUACAACAUCGUAUCUCCAUGAGGUAUUUGAGUUCUAUGAGGAGAUACUUACCUGUCGCUACCCUUAUUCCUGUUUCAAGACUGUAUUUGUAGACGAGGCUUAUGUUGAAGUAGCUGCAUAUGCUUCUAUGAGCAUUUUUAGCACAAACCUUUUGCACAGCGCGAUGAUAAUAGAUGAGACCCCAUUGACUAGGAGGUGCUUGGCACAAGCUCUAGCUCAGCAGUUCUUUGGCUGUUUUAUAUCUAGAAUGUCUUGGUCAGAUGAAUGGGUGUUGAAAGGAAUCUCUGGUUAUAUUUACGGCCUUUGGAUGAAAAAAACCUUUGGUGUAAAUGAAUAUCGGCACUGGAUCAAAGAGGAGCUAGACAAAAUAGUGGCAUAUGAACUGAAGACAGGUGGCGUCUUACUGCAUCCAAUCUUUGGUGGAGGAAAAGAAAAAGACAAUCCUGCAUCAUAUCUGCAUUUUUCCAUAAAACAUCCUCACACGUUGUCAUGGGAAUACUACAAAAUGUUCCAGUGCAAAGCCCACCUAGUCAUGAGGCUGAUAGAAAACAGAAUAAGUAUGGAGUUCAUGUUACAAGUUUUCAACAAGCUACUGAGUCUGGCCAGCACGGCUUCAUCCCAGAAAUUCCAGUCUCAUAUGUGGAGUCAGAUGUUGGUUUCCACAUCUGGGUUUUUGAAGUCCAUCUCCAAUGUGUCUGGCAAAGACAUCCAGCCCUUAAUAAAGCAAUGGGUAGAUCAGAGUGGCGUGGUAAAAUUCUAUGGUAGUUUUGCAUUUAAUAGAAAACGGAACGUACUAGAAUUGGAAAUAAAACAAGACUACACAUCUCCUGGGACCCAGAAAUAUGUGGGGCCCCUCAAAGUGACGGUGCAGGAGCUCGAUGGAUCUUUCAACCACACACUUCAGAUAGAAGAAAAUAGCCUUAAACAUGACAUACCGUGUCACUCAAAGAGCAGACGAAAUAAGAAGAAAAAGAUUCCACUAAUGAAUGGAGAGGAGGUAGACAUGGAUCUUUCCGCCAUGGAUGCUGAUUCCCCCUUGCUCUGGAUAAGAAUAGAUCCGGAUAUGUCCGUGUUAAGGAAGGUAGAGUUUGAGCAGGCUGACUUCAUGUGGCAGUAUCAGCUUCGGUAUGAGAGAGAUGUGGUUGCGCAGGAGGAAUCCAUUUUGGCCCUCCAGAAGUUCCCCACUCCAGCGUCGCGGCUUGCACUGACUGAUAUCCUUGAACAGGAGCAGUGUUUCUACCGAGUGAGGAUAAUGGCAUGCUUUUGUCUUGCAAAGAUUGCAAAUUUUAUGGUGAGUACAUGGACAGGACCACCGGCCAUGAAGUCUCUCUUCACCCGAAUGUUCUGUUGUAAAAGUUGUCCAAACAUUGUGAAAACCAAUAACUUCAUGAAUUUUCAGAGCUACUUUCUGCAGAAGACCAUGCCUGUUGCAAUGGCUUUGCUAAGAGAUGUUCAUAAUUUGUGUCCGAAAGAGGUUUUGACAUUCAUUUUAGACUUAAUCAAAUACAACGACAAUAGAAAAAAUAAGUUUUCAGAUAACUAUUACCGUGCCGAAUUAAUAGAUGCGCUUGCAAAUUCUGUAACGCCUGCAGUCAGUGUGAACAAUGAAGCUCGAACCUUGGAUAAUCUAAAUCCUGAUGUGCGCCUUAUUCUUGAGGAAAUUACCAGGUUCUUAAACAUGGAGAAGCUGCUACCUAGUUACAGGCACACCAUUACGGUCAGCUGCUUGAAUGCCAUUCGGGUCCUACAGAAGAACGGGCAUGUCCCAAGUGACCCAGCUGUCUUUAAGUCCUAUGCAGAAUACGGCCACUUUGUGGAUGUCCGAAUAGCAGCAUUGGAGGCAGUUGUUGACUACACAAAAGUUGACAGAAGCUACGAGGAACUCCAGUGGCUGCUUAAUAUGGUACAGAGUGACCCUGUACCAUAUGUCAGGCAUAAAAUAUUGAGCAUGUUGACGAAGAACCCACCAUUUACCAAGAACAUGGAAUCUCCGUUGUGCAAUGAGGCACUAGUGGAUCAGCUGUGGAAGCUUAUGAAUUCAGGUACCUCUCAUGACUGGAGGCUGCGUUGUGGUGCUGUUGACCUGUACUUCACGCUGUUUGGUCUCAGCAGGCCUUCCUGCUUGCCACUGCCAGAGCUUGGAUUGGUCCUCAACCUGAAAGAGAAGAAAGCCGUGCUGAAUCCUACCAUCAUCCCUGAGGCUGGGGCGAGUGGGCCGGAACCUCCCAACAAUUCCAACAAUAUGGGUCAAAUAGUUGGCUUCCAAAGUAUGGAGGAGGAUCAUCUUGUUAAGGAAACAUCAGUAAUCCCCCUUCCUCAUCAGCAAGGUUUGAAGCGGAAGGCUGACACACCCCUAGGAUCUCCACUGGAGCCAGGCCAGAUCCUUGAGAAGGCCGAAGACAGUAAAGUCAAGCUCAAAAUAAGAUUCUCAAACUCCCAAGAAGAAGAAGAGAUUGAUAUGGACACUGUUCAUGAUAGCCAAGCUUUUAUCUACCAUCAUUUGAACAUGCUGGAAAGGCCAUCAACACCAGGUAAAGAACAGUCUUCGCUGGAGUUAAAUAUGCUGCCGAUGCCUCCGACUCCACUGCCCGGUUUCCCUAAGGAGUCCAGCUCCUCCAAGCACAGUGAGCACCAUCACCACCACCAUCAUGAGCACAAGAAGAAGAAGAAGAAACAUAAACAUAAGCACAAGCACAAGCACAAGCAUGAGAGCAAGGAAAAAGAGAAGGAACCUUUCACCUUCUCCAAUAGCCCUGCUAGUGGACGGUCCAUUCGCUCUCCCUCACUGUCCGAUUGAAGCUUCCGCAUUUUUUGGAUAGAGCAUCCAGGAGCAACAUGUGCAUUCCUCUUUCUUUACAAUAAAUGCAAACAAAUGCAGCAGGUCAGAAGCCACAUUCAGAUUGAAAUACCAGAAGUCUGUUCUGCUGUCCAAUUGCAGUGGUUGAAUUGGAAGUAGGGAGAGAAUGUGGUCUUAUGGUUCAGAACCAACUUCUGUGACAGUGUUCUCCAUAUAUAUCUGUGUCCUAAAUUCACAGUUUAAAUGACUGUUUGUCCUGCCAGAAUGAAUUAUGUUUGAAACCUUUGAUGCCUCCCAUGAAGUGUAUGCUAAACAGAAGCCAACUGCCAAACCUUUUGGAAAAACUCCAGUUCCCCAUGCAGUGUUCUGCAACACUAUGUGGACUCUCUAAAGCUGUUGUAUAAUCUCCUUUCAACACAAUUCAUUAACCAUUGCCAGUAUCCCAUGUUGUUUUAAUGCUUUGAAUUAAUGCCUUACUCAGUUGCAAGCUUUUUAUUUUAAAAUGCUGAUUUUUUUUUCCAAAGGAGCUCUAAGCAUCACUCUGUUAAGUUGAACUACAUUUGGCAAUUGUUUCUGUAACUUCUUUUUCUGCAAAAAAAAGAGAGAGAAAAGAAAAAAAAAGCUACUGUGUACCCAGUGCCCUGUAAUCAGUCUCAUAACUGUAUAAUAAAUCUUAAGUAAAAACAAACCCUCAAAAAGCUGGCAAAGGAAGCUUUUCCAUAAAAUGUCAAAUAACCUUUAAAAUACAGUCAUUGUGGAGAAAGCCAAGGCAAAAACUUUAAAACUUCUGGUUUCUCUCAAAUUUGCUUGAAAACUCUUGACAAGGUCCUUUUAAAUAUACAGUGUGUUAACUCUAAUACAAAGCUGUGAAUUGGGCUCUGUUACUACAUCAGUAAUACUGCCCAAAAAGUAUUCUAUGGAAGAUUUUUCAUAAUUAUGUGAAAUGGAACUAUUUUUAACGUUAUUGCUUCAGAUCUGUGUAGCCCUAGUGCAUUCCUGCUUGCCUUCAUCUUGCUUUCUAUCAUAUAUUGCGUUGCUUCUACAAUCUGAAGUAUUUUUCUUAAUCUUUAGGUUAAGUUUUUUUUAUUUAGUAACUGUAAAAGCUGUUCAGUUAUAUAGCUUAAUGCCAGUGGAAAGAUAUUUAUCCACAAAAAGAGACUUAAUAAGGGACCGAAGGUAACUUUUUAAAACAAAGGCUAAUGCUUUAGUAAACACUUUUAUACAA